AUGGGUCGGAGCGGGUACGAUACCUCAGACCUGGGAGGAUUCGCAAAGAAGAAGAAGCCGAGGUCUGUCGGCAGUGCUGGUACGAGUGGGGGUGCUGGUGCCCAGGCAAGCCUCGCUAUUCAGAACGACGGCGGUGAUUACGGAGCCUCGGCUCAGAGGGCGAUGAUGCAGCGGCAGAUGCAGAUGCAGAUGGCGCAACAGCAGUCACAGCAGCAGCAACAACAACGGCAGAUGGGAGGAUGGAACGGCACGGGUUCGGGGUCUUCCGCUUCCGCGUCGGCUCCGAGUAAGAAUCGGGCUGGGGGCGGCGGUGAUGGGGCUGCGGCUAAGAAGUAG